CGCGAGCACGUUCCCGCGAAAGCGCCAUUGGGCCGGUGCAUGCCGGGAGGUGGAGUUUUGUCUCUGAAUUGCUUAGAGCCGAUUCCUCUCCCGUCGCAAACUAAUGAUGCUCACGUUCCUGGACUCAUCCGGGGCGAGAUCAGGUAUGGACACCCUCACGUCAGUGACUUCUUCCUAGUGUGACCCUUCCGCUAAAAGUAACUUUGGGAACGUGUUAAGAAAAAAACCAAAACAACAAUAACACACAUUCUUUGCGGUUUUCCGUUUCCGGUUGGCUUGUUGCCUUGGUAACAGGGACGCACAAGGAUGUCGGCGGUUAUGGCGGGGCUGGGAGGUACGCCGAUCCCCGACGGGGAGUUCACCGCGGCCGUGUACCGGCUCAUCCGGGACUCCCGCUACGCCGAGGCGGUGCAGCUGCUGGGCCGCGAGCUGCAGCGGAGCCCGCGGAGCCGCGCCGGCCUGUCGCUGCUGGGCUACUGCUACUACCGCCUACAGGAGUUCCCCUUGGCGGCCGACUGCUAUGAGCAGCUGAGCCAGCUGCACCCCGAGCAGGAGCAGUACCGCCUGUACCAGGCCCAGGCCCUGUACAAGGCCUGCCUGUACCCCGAGGCCACCCGGGUCGCCUUCCUCCUCCUGGACAACCCCGCCUACCACAGCCGGGUCCUCCGUCUGCAAGCCGCCAUCAAGUACAGCGAGGGCGACCUCCCCGGGGCCAGGAGCCUGGUGGAGCAGCUGCUGAGUGGGGAAGGGGGUGAGGACAGUGCUGGUGAGAACGAGUCAGAUAGCCAGGUCAACCUGGGUUGUUUGCUCUACAAGGAGGGACAGUAUCAAGCUGCAUGUUCCAAGUUCUUUACCGCCCUGCAGGCCUCGGGCUACCAGCCUGACCUUUCCUACAAUCUGGCUUUGGCCUAUUAUAGCAGCCGACAGUAUGCCCCGGCGCUGAAGCAUAUUGCAGACAUCAUUGAGCAUGGCAUCCGCCAGCACCCAGAGCUGGGUGUGGGCAUGACCACGGAGGGUAUUGAUGUUCACAGCGUUGGAAACACUUUAGUUCUUCACCAGACUGCACUGGUGGAAGCCUUCAACUUAAAGGCAGCCAUAGAAUACCAACUGAAAAACUAUGAUGCCGCCCAGGAAGCCCUUACUGACAUGCCACCUAGGGCUGAGGAAGAGUUAGACCCUGUAACCCUGCACAACCAGGCGCUGAUGAAUAUGGAUGCCAGGCCUACAGAAGGGUUUGAAAAGCUACAGUUUCUGCUCCAGCAGAACCCCUUUCCCCCAGAGACCUUUGGCAACCUGUUGCUGCUCUACUGCAAAUACGAGUAUUUUGACCUAGCAGCAGAUGUCCUGGCAGAGAAUGCCCACUUGACUUAUAAGUUCCUCACACCUUAUCUCUAUGAUUUCUUAGAUGCCAUGAUUACUUGCCAGACAGCUCCUGAAGAGGCUUUCGUUAAGCUUGAUGGGCUAGCUGGGAUGCUGACUGAGCAACUACGGAAACUCACCAUACAAGUGCAGGAAGCAAGACACAUGAGAGAUGACGACGCUGUCAAAAAGGCAGUGAAUGAAUACGAUGACAUCCUGGAGAAAUAUAUUCCCGUAUUGAUGGCCCAGGCAAAAAUCUACUGGAACCUUGAAAACUAUUCAAUGGUAGAAAAGAUCUUCCGCAAAUCUGUGGAAUUCUGCAAUGACCAUGAUGUGUGGAAGCUGAACGUGGCUCAUGUUCUGUUUAUGCAGGAAAACAAAUACAAAGAAGCCAUUGGUUUUUAUGAGCCCAUCGUCAAGAAGCAUUAUAACAACAUCCUGGAUGUCAGUGCUAUUGUGUUGGCUAACCUCUGUGUUUCAUAUAUUAUGACAAGUCAAAAUGAAGAAGCUGAGGAGUUGAUGAGGAAGAUUGAAAAGGAGGAAGAGCAGCUCUCCUAUGAUGACCCAGAUAAGAAAACCUACCAUCUCUGCAUUGUGAACUUGGUGAUAGGCACACUUUACUGUGCCAAGGGAAAUUAUGACUUUGGGAUUUCCCGAGUUAUCAAAAGCUUGGAGCCUUACAAUAAAAAACUGGGAACUGACACCUGGUACUAUGCCAAAAGAUGCUUCUUGUCCUUAUUAGAAAACAUGUCAAAACACACGAUCAUGCUUCGUGACAAUGUUAUUCAAGAAUGUGUCCAAUUUCUAGAACACUGUGAAGUUUAUGGCAGGAACGUGCCUGCCGUUAUUGAACAGCCCCUGGAAGAAGAAAGAAUGCAUAUUGGAAAGAAUACGGUCACAUAUGAAUCCAGACAGUUAAAAGCUUUGAUUUAUGAGAUUAUAGGAUGGAAUAUGUAGUCAUGUCUGAUAAUGGCUUGUAUCAUAAUUGGUUUAUAUAUCUAUAUUUUGUACUAUUUUAUUUGUAUUUAGCCAUUGGUAUCUUUACUCUGUUACAUGUUGAACUUUGUAUAAUUUAUAGUCAUAAUAAAAAUAAUUUGAUUACUAUGUUUUUAAAAUCUUCACCAAAUUAUAAGAAUUAUGAACAUCUAUGAAAAAUUCAAAAUGGAGUGGGGAUACUAUGAAUUAGAACUUGUAAUGCCUAUGUUCCCUUUUCUUUGUUAUUAUUUGUACUUUUUUGUAUUUUGCGAGUCCCCUGCACAAGGAUUACAUUAUCCAAGAACUUAGCACUAUCAAGCCUAUGAUUCAUUGAUUACUAUAUAGAAUUUGUAGCCUUUAAAUAACGUUAGGGCCCGCUGCUUUGUCUCAGUGGUUGAGCAUUGACCCAUGAAUCAGGAGGUCAGGGUUUGAUUCUUGGUCAGGGCACAUGCCUGGGUUUCUGGCUCAAACCCAGUAGGGGGCAUGCAGGAUGCAGACAAUCAGUGAUUCUCUCUCAUCAUUGAUGUUUCUAUCUCCCUCUCCUCCUCUGAAAUUAAUUCAAUACAUAAAACAUUGGGGAUUAUGUGCUCUCACCUCCACCAUUAGCUCUCAUAAUUAAUAAGUAAUGCAUGCAUUUACAUAGACUUUAGGAUGUUUUGCCAGGGUUUUUAAAUAACCAAAAUAUUUGGUUAAUUCUGUGUAACCAAAAUUAUUUAGGUUGUGUUUCUUUUAGAUGUGCAUGACUUGGUGGGAAGUCUGGUGCUCUUAAUAGCCUUAUGGUGCUAUGUUGUAAAGAAUGGUUUUCUUCCAUUUGUUAUUUGAAUUUAUGAACAAGAUAGAUAUACCAUUACUGUUUUUCCUAACUGCUGUUGUUUAUCCCUCACAGUAGCUCAUGGUAGAGGUACCCUAAACACUAAGUUCUAAUCACUACUUUUUUGUUUCCUGUUAAGGAUGUGUUAAUGCUAGAUUUGUUUACAUGUUGUAUCCUCUGAGGUAAGCAAAAAUCUACAUUAUUCCCAUGACCUCAUCAAGCUUCUCUCCUUCCUUCAUCACAAUGAAAUAUCAAUUCUGUAAUGGUAUCUGACAGUUUCACAAUGCUAGUUUCACACCCAGAACCCUCCCAAUAAAAACUUCACUAAUUCUACUUAGUAAUUUUCUCACCCCUUUUCUCUCCACAAAUCAGUCAAUAUCAACUUGACUUGGCUUAAGGGGGGGACGUAUUGGGUUGAAUUAUAUGAAAUUUAUGAUUUUCAAAGUUUUUGACCUACUAGCAAUUUCUUAUGAUUCAAGCUAAUAGUUUUCUACUGAAAAUUAGUGAGCCCCCUGCCACAAUGAGAUGAUUUUUUUCCUUCAAGGAGAAAUCACGUAGCCACUUAGAUACUCAGAAGUAUGCUCAGCAUAAAUCCUCUGUGACAUGACCUCCUGGGUGUUCAUAUUCUGUUAGAUCUAUCAGAAAAUGUUGGCUUAUUCUGAAAUACAAUGGUCUUGAGUUCACAGCAUUUUUAAUGUUGACGCCAUUCACCAUUUAUGUUUUACCCCAUAUUUGGAGGACAGUGUUUAAUGAUCUCUUCAGUGCAUUCCAUUGUGUGGUUAUAUAGAGAUUUUUCUUUAACAAUAUUUGUAUUAAAUACAUUGCUUUU